UACUAGGCUUUGCUGUCCAGUUUCAUUCAAAUUCUACAAAUAGCCCACCAAGCCUUGAGCUAUACUCAACUCUCUCUCUCUCUCUCCAAAUACACACACACACACACACACACAGCCCCAAAGAAGCCACAUGGCUGAUAUACUGAAUGCAGAGCAAAUUGUUGAAUUACAGGAAGCCUUCAGACUGUUUGACAAAGAUGGAGAUGGGUGCAUAACCAUAGAAGAACUAGCGACAGUGAUUAGGUCUCUAGAUCAAAAUCCCAGCGAGGAAGAGCUCCACGACAUGAUCAACGAAGUCGACAUCGAUGGCAACGGCACCAUUGAAUUCGCCGAGUUCUUGAACCUCAUGGCCAACAAAAUGAAGGUUUCUUCUUAUCGCUCUUACAUCAUCAACACUUUUUUUUUCAGUUUGGUUUUCACACUGUGUGUGUGUGUGUGUGCUGUUUUUAAUCAGGAAACUGAUGCAGAGGAAGAGCUUAAAGAAGCUUUCAAGGUGUUUGAUAAGGAUCAAAAUGGUUACAUCUCAGCUAGUGAGCUUCGGCACGUGAUGAUCAAUCUUGGUGAGAAGUUGACAGAUGAAGAGGUGGAUCAGAUGAUUAGAGAGGCUGAUUUGGAUGGUGAUGGACAGGUUGACUAUGAUGAAUUUGUGAAAAUGAUGAUGGCUAUUGGAUAGAGAUAUCUCAAGUUUAUUUUAUUUUUUUGUAUUUUGAUUCCAUUUAUUACAUUGUUGUUUCAAACUUAGGAUCUCGUAGUUAAUCAUGUAGCAAGAAAAUUCAAGAUGAUGUCAUGUCUAUGUCCAAAUAGAUUGUUGUGUUGAUUGUAUUCUUUCAAAUACUCCUAUUUUAGUUCAAAUGAACAAAGAAUCUUCAGACAA